UGGAUUUUUAACGUUUAUUAAUCAGUUUUGGGAAAGAGUCCUGAUAAUCUGCGCACAUAUUCAUAAUUUAUUUACUUACUUACAUACAUACAUACAUGUGUAAGGAGUUAUUAUUUGGCUAUUGAUGUUGAUGAGAAUAAUAGUAUUUGUGUUCGCAGUCGCUGCCGCCGUUGCCGUCAACGUCGCCGUCACCGAUUGACGCUGCCCAAGUUGCCUGAGCUUUGGAUGCGCGCGCUGGCGCUGCUUUGAUUUAGUCAGUUUUCGCACAGCGUUUGGGCAAGACGUGCACACAGUUCGAGCGUGAGUGGGAAUUAACCGAAAGCUAAAGCAUUUCAAAAGCGAAGUAAAUACGUCAUAAAGGAAACACCAUGGAGUUCAACAACCGUUUGCUAUUGAAGAUCAUCGAGCUGGGCAUUGCCAUUGCCUGCGUUGUGCUCUACGAGGUUGUCGAGGAUCUGAGCAAGCGUCCAUUGAUUGUCUGCGGCACCAUUGGCGGCUACACAAUCAUCUGCGCCGUGCUGCUGAUCGGACACGUGAUCAAUUCGGUUGUGGAGAAACGGCUGAAUGCCCUAAUCUCGCUGCUGGGCUGCAUUCUGUUCGUGGCCUCCGGUGCCCUGGUCAUUGAUGAGUGGCAUGAUAAAUACGAUUUCCUGAAGGAGCGCAAGCGCAACGCCAUCGCCGCCGGCUCCCUGAUGAUCAUCAAUGGCGCCGUCUUUCUACUGGACACGCUAUCCAUCUGCAGAACGUAAGCCCCUACAAAACCAAGGGGUUCUUUUUUGUUUUUUUUCUUUUGUCUUUUUAUUGUGAAACCGAAAUUCUCAUGGCUUCUGUGUGGGUCAUAAAGCGAACAAUGAAUCUUCUGUAAACUAUAUGAAUAUCAUGUACACCCAUCUAUAUACAUAUAAUGCUAAUACGCAACUUUUUUUUGUAUACCUGUCAAAUAUAUCUAUAUAUAUUGUAUAUCCGUAUGGCACCUAAGUUAAAGUCAGCUGUGCACGAACAAGUGUUUGCUUAAACGAAUCUUAAAACUGUUAACAGGAAUCCAUUAAAUAUAUAGCUAUAUAUACAUA